UUUACAUUAUGUAGGUAGGUAUGUACAUAAUGGAGAUUGAAGUAUUCAAGUACCUUACUAAAACACACCUUAAUUCCAUGGACACUUGGCAUGUGAAAGUUGCUUGCCGUUAUACUAUGUACCUAACUACCUACAUGCAACUUACAGCAAGCAGUUUAUAAUCGAAAGUUUUCAUGCAGCCAUGCAACCAUGCAGCCAUGCUACACCACACCCUCUCAUGAUCGAGACUAUAUCGAAUAGAGUGUCUUAGUCUCGAGUUUCUUCAUGUCUUAUUACAUAUUCUCCAUCGCUCCCCCCAUUCUCUUCAUCUGUGUUACCCUCCGCCGACACUCAUCCUGAUCCUUUUCUUUUCUUUUUUUCCCCUAUCAAGUUUUCUAGCUCAUCCUCAACGCUGACAUAUGCGCCAACACAAACAUCUGAGAUAUUUGGAUUGCCCUAAAUCGCAAUAACAAUGUGAUCCCGACAACUUUUUCAGCUUGUUAAUCGUCGCUUAAGUGAAGCGAACAAUUCCGCCAGACACAGUUUGCAGGACGUUUUCAAUGGCGGUCUUCAGUCCACUACAGUUCUUCAUCUUCCCAUUCCUCUUCUUCGUCGCCCUUCCGCUUGCCCUCUGCGCCGGCUUCACGACUAUCUUAGCAUUCAUGGUCUUAUUCUUACGCUUAUUCCUCGUAUAUUUCGACGUCGGUCUUGAGACCUUGCGCUAUGUGUUGGUAGGCCAUGCCGCACAUCCUCGAUCUAUGGCACACCGACGGACUCCUUCUGGUACCCAGCCACACUUGCUAGAAUCCUCCCCACCAUCUUCGCCCGAAGCGCGGCAUAGGCGCCGACGCAGCAAGAAACAAGGCAGCUUUAGUAGUGGCUCUGCCACGCCUAGUGGUGGCUUUGAUAGUCUUACCUUGACACCCACCGCCGGGCUCGAAAGGGACUUCGAGGGUGUGGGAGGAUGGAGAUUGGAUAGCGUGGAUGUCGAUGCAGAUGCCACGGACCAACAGUGGUACAGUCUUAACUCGCGGCUCGAACUCCCAGACCGCCGCCAUCAUACCAGAUCACACAGUGGAGGUGUUGUGUUGCCAGGAAAUAGCGGAUUAAACCUUUAUAUGAAGGGGGCGAAUACAUCGACGGCCUAUGGUUCAGAAGGACUAAGAAUAUAUACAUCGCCCAACAGCUCAAGAUCAAGAACACCAACAAGUAGCAGGCCACGUAGCUUUACCAAGGUCGACGAUAACGAAUAUUUCCCCAUAGUAGAAAAGAAGCAUGCUAAAAAUGGUCGGUGUUAAGAACAACGAGAAGGAUACAACACGUUUGGGAGUUGUUAACAAAAGGGGUUAUCUGAGAUAAUCGGUUUAUGUAAAGAUUGUCUUGCUGGACAAAAAGGGUUGGCGUUCUGUAAAAACUUUUACGUAUGGGUUCGUGGGGGGGGGGGGAAGAUUAGGAGUGCGGUCUCAAAAUCAGAAGUUAUGAACAACAGGGUUGAUCUGGAUUAUCUGGCAAAAAUGGGAUCUGGCGCUGGUUUGUAUCACAACUCAAAUAUGUU